AUGCACACGAUCAGUGUACAACAACCCAUUAAUUUAAAAGUUGUGAGAUUCGAACUGGAUUUCACUUCGCUGGUGAAUGAAAAGCCUAUCUUGGAGAAAAGGUCGAAGAAAAUUAGGAUACCAAGAAUCAACAACAAAAAGCAAUCUGCGAUACCGUCUCCACCACCUAUACAUGAUACUUCACAGAAAAGAGAUGUUAAAGAUCUGGUCGAAGAAUUGCUUGACGAGCUGUAUGCAGAGCAACGUGAUUGGGGCAAUCAAAGUGCAAUCGACGGUAGCCGGGGGUCCACAUCAGUGCAAUCGCUAACAUCAUGCCAGUCAAAUUGUGGGGAAAAACCAGAAGCCAUUGAACGAAGCUACUUAGAGGUUUUAGAUAGAGACGAACUAUGGCAACAAAAAGUCGAAUGGGAAGAAAGAUUGCAAGAGACCGGUGAACGCCUCGCAAAGUACGUCCGUUCUCGAGACAGACUUCGGCGUCAGCAGAAGAGGCUUUGCGCAGCCUUCACGGUCUUAUUACGCCACAUUUCUGGUGAAAGUGGUGCUCGUUUCGGUGUAACGCCAGGUGUGGGAGAAGGGCCCGGCGAGGGUGGGUACGCCGAGUGGCUGCAUGCGAUGCGGUUGGUUGCUCGCCUCCCCGCCGGAGUACCACAACAUUUCCGCAAAAAGCUAUGGCUCACAUUAUCAAACCGUCAUCUUACCGCAAGAGACAUCGACUGGACAUCAGCAGAACGGGCAUGCUUUAGAGGCACCGCACAACCUGAUGAUACGGAAUUGGGCUCUCAAAUACUUAAAGAUUUACACCGUACUGGCUGUUCACUAUUCUGCGGGACUGAAGGUCGAGAAAAUCAGGCAAUGCUUCGCAGGGUACUACUAGCUUAUGCACGGUGGAACAAGGAUGUUGGUUACUGUCAAGGUUUUAAUAUGUUGGCUGCAAUAAUACUAGAAGUUAUGGAUAAGUCAGAAUCAGAGUCAUUGAAGGUCAUGAUAUACUUAGUAGAAGCCGUGCUACCCGAAGGUUAUUUUGCAGAUGAUCUUCGAGGCUUAUCCGCUGAUAUGGCCGCAUUCAGAGAUCUACUCCGGUUGCGUUUGCCUCGCUUAGCUCAGCAUAUGGACUAUUUACAAAGAAUUUCUGAUGGUGGUGGUAUUGAACCUCCUCUACCUGAUGUGUUCACAAUGCAAUGGUUUCUGACUCUUUAUGCAACUUGGUUACCUCGAGAAUCUCUCUUACGGAUAUGGGAUCUAGUUCUGCUCGAUGGAAAUGAAGUGUUACUUCUUACUGCACUGGCAAUAUGGGAUAUGCUUCAGGACCGUAUUCUAUCAGCACGUUCAGCGGACGAGUUCUACAGCUGUAUGGGCGGUGGUGCAGGUGCAGUCUGGGAAGCAGGGGACUCCCUAGUGGCAAGGGUGGUCUCGUUUGGCUCCGCCCCUGAACUGCCUAGAUUACGCAGUCUGCAUCGAUACCGGGUAGCACCACCUGCGCCACCGACCUCAGCCCCGAUAUAUCAUCCGCCAUUACAUUCUGCAGUGCAGUCAAUGACGAAACGCGGUCUGAGACUGUUUUAUUCAGAAGACGAAGGAGACUCUAGUGACGACGGAAACAAAAUGGCCCUGGCAACUGUGAUGCCACGGCGGGAAGAGAGACUAGCUGCCGGUGAUCGGCUUUCUUUAGACAUUGGAGCACUAAAGCGUCAAUAUGCUCGUCUUCGGGAGCGGCAAAGGCAGGCUCAUGUAAUUUUAGCCGCGGCUUGUGCCCGACAGGCUGCAGUUGGCGUAUCUACCUCACCAACAUCACUUACAGUAAACAAUCUUCUAUUAGGGAAAAGUGCUAUUGUAAGUUCUAGAGGGCGACGACUUGGACCACCUCCUGGGGCCGUACCACCUUCUAGACAAACUCCAAUUCUUGAAAAAAUAGAACCUCUAGCGCAAAGUCAAGCUAAUGAAACUAUUAGUUGGACAGAAGAGAAAACUCGAAAAUCGCUAAGUAGACGGAAUUCUGUUAAAUGGAAAGAUAUUAAAAAAGAUCAAUCGAAGCAUAAAGAAAGAAAACCGUCAAUUGACUUGGAUGAAGCUGGCGAUGGUACAAUCGUUUCUGAGCUUGAAGCUAGAGAAAUAGUUGCUUCAGUAAGGUCGCGUAGCUCGAGUGAAACAUCCUCCUAUUCUUCACAUAGUGGAUCCAGUACGGAUACUAGUCUCUGUGAUGAAAAUGAACGAGGAAGUGACUCUGAUCCCGAGUUGCCAGAAGAUAAAGGAAAAAACAACUCGAGUAGCAAAUUCAUAUUAUCGCCCAUGAUGAAGGAGAGCAAAAUCGCCAGUUCACCUAUUCUAAAACAAUCUUCAAUAGCCCAAACACCUGCAAGAGAAAUAAAAUUUAAUCCUGCAGAAAAACCUAUUGCUAAAGAUAUAGCCGACUAUUUAGACUCUGCUGCUGGAGAACCUUUAAGAACAUAUAUUGAUGGGUUUGAAAUAAAAUUAAACGUUAGCCAAGCUGUUAGUAGUGAAAAUAAAUUUAAACUAACAAGUUUACCAACUCGUUCCCCCGAAUUAACUUCCGAAAGAAAUGAAGUACUUCAAAGAUUAAAUAGUACUAACUAUGAGGAAAUGUCUAGAAGUAGAGAAAUAAUAAGGCCUACAAGUUUUACAAAAUCUCCUAAAAACUUUACUGAUCUUAGCCCAAUUGACUUAUCACCGUGUCACUGCACUAUUGCCCAUAAAUCUCCAUACGAUUACAAUUUUGAUACCAACUUCAAACGACCUUCUACACAUGAACCAACAUUUAGACCACCAGAUAUUAUCGAUAGCUUCACUAUGUAUCCAAAUUUUGUGCCUGAUAUAGACUUAUCGGAUAAAAAUAUAUCUGACAUUGAAAGCCCUUCGAGAAGUCCUGGUGAUGAAAGUAUUAUAGUGAGCGAAGAUGAACCACCGAUACCUUUGAAAAUAGACAAGUACUUUGAGCACAGUCCGGAAUUCUUUGGAGCUAGAGUCACAGACCCAAACAGUAUAGAUAUUCCUAAUCGAAGAGCAACUAAAAGACUUUCACGACUACCGAAGAAGCCAGAUUCACUAACGUUACAGAGUAGUAACAACGACAAACUUUUAAAAGAUGAAGCUGAAAGAGCAUUAUCGUUACCACAAAAUCAUAGCUUUGGAAAAAAAAGUGAUGAAGACGAAGACGAAGAGAUAUACGAAGAUAUACAAGAUAUAGUUAGUGGUAUGAAAACAAAAACACCUGAAGAUAGAAAGGAAUUUAAGGAAAUAUUCUCUCCGAAAGACUAUAUUUUGCAAACUGGGCGUAAAAACAGUGAAAGAGCUUUACAAAUAAUUCAGGAGAACUCAAAAAUUUUAAGCAGAAUAUUGACAAAACAAAACAUUAUAGACACAAAAAGCCCCGCAACUGCAUACCAAUUGACUAAGAGUGAUGAAAACGUGUUGGAAACUCGACGAAGUAGUUACAUUAAAACCGUACCAGAAAAAACUGUUGAAAGUAAUCUAAAAGAUUCACCAUUAUUAAAAGAAUCUACUUCAGACUCAUUGAUUGGGUACAGAAAACGCUUCAAUAAUUAUGGUGCAGCUGAAAAUAAUGAUUUCAUACGAAUAAGACCUAUUUCUAUCGAUGAUCCUUUUUCCUUAGAAGUUCGUAGCACCAUGAUUAAAACAGAUGACUUUUUAUUAAAAAAUACUAAAAGUCCUAGCAGUGAAUGUAUCGGUAAUAAAACUGAUCAUUAUGGUUGGGAAAACAAAGGAUUCCUAGCUAAAAGUUUAUUGGAAAAAUCAGAAAACUUAAAUUUUUCUGAGUUUGAUUACCGAAGAAAACCUAGUGAUUUAACAAGUGAUUUGACUAAUAAGGAAGUGAAACCUUUAACGCCAUCGGAGUGGACCCAGACGCGUCACUCAUAUUCAGAUGAAUCGAAACCAUCAGUUACAUUGCCAUCUUCCGAACCAAAGAACACAUCUACAUAUGAACAACGAUUCACUUCUGAUGAAUGUAAUUACCCAUUGUCAAGUAAAUAUAACGACUUUGUGUUAUCUAAAGCUAGUGAUAUAUGCAGCAAAACAGUUAAUCAAGGACCGAAAAUUUGUGAAAAUUUAUCGAAGACUGAUAACAGCCAAGUUAGUGACUUUGCUCAUCUCGUGACUUCCUCUAUUAGUUUUACAUAUGAACAAUCUACUGAGGAUGAUUCCCCGAUUGGAGCAAAGAGUAAUUCUAGUGAUACUCUGUGUCAAAUAACUUCAUUAGAUCAGGUGUCAACUCCAAUUUCGCCGAAAAUAUUUCCAAAUAGGGAAACGCCUACGCUACCCAAAGACUAUUCAGAAAAUAGUGCCAGAACUAAAGUAGAGUCUGACGACACAAUUAGCGCUAUCACUUCGCUCAUCGAGACCGAUACUCUAUCCUCAUUGUCUUAUCCUCGUAGUCCAUCGACGGGCUCUUACCAUCCGUUUCCCACUCGCCCUGCCCUCCGUAUGCCGAAAGAACUAGGAGUAAGACUGGGUAUGUAUCCAAAAGAUGGUAUCAGCUCCCCGCCCAAAUAA